AUGUCCGAGGAUGGCCCUCCGAAGCUGACGAAUAAUGCUAACACCGCUGUUGCACAGGAUUCUAGACAGAUGCAGCAGGCUCGCGCUGCAAAUGGUUCUGCAGGACUGCGCAACCUAGCACCGAGGCAGCAGUGUUCUACAACGGAGAUGAUGCGUAUGGUAGGGACCAUGUCUCAAGGUGAGAAAGCUUUCCGAGAGCUGUUUUUUCAUUUGUGCUUUCUUUGCUUCUUAACCAAAACAUGACU